CCGUCAACGACCUGACUUUUUGAGUCUCACCCUUCUCCAGAGUCUCUAAAGAUACAGUUGCAAAGAUGGCGCGCAAUUCAGAAAAAGCCCAGUCCAUGCUCUUCCGCUUCCGCGAAGCUCAAGCAGCAGACCUAGGCAUAAUCGAUGCAGGCCGUACCCGCCGCCCGAAGAUGAUCACCGAAGUCAAUGCGAUUCCAGCAUGCGAAAAAUGGCGAGGCCAGGUCCUGAAGGAGAUCUCGAGAAAGGUGUCCAAGAUUCAAGAUCCUAGCUUAAGUGAUUUCAUGAUCAGGGAUCUGAACGAUGAGAUCAACAAGUUGAUGAGGGAGAAACACAUGUGGGAGAUUCAAAUUAGGAAUCUAGGUGGUCCGAAUUAUAUGCGGGGUGGUGGGAAGGUGUAUGAUGAGGAAGGUCGAGAGAUUCCGGGGAGUGGGAAGGGUUAUAGGUACUUUGGGCGAGCGAGAGAACUGCCAGGUGUCAAAGAGAUGUUCGAGGCAGCUACACAAAAACCACGAGAGGACAAACCCCUAGAUUCGAGAGCAGACCUACGCAAACAAGUCGAUGCUUCGUACUAUGGAUACAAUCUGGACGAAGAAGACGGCACAUUGUUGGCAUACGAAAUGCAGAAGGAGAAAGAAGCGUUUGACAAUUUGCUCGCAAGUAAGGAUGGAAAGGCGCCAAAGGGAUGGGAACCAUUACCUGGCGAUUCGGGUGACGGAGAAGAAUGGAGAUUGCCCACAAGUGAGGAGGUACAAGAGGAACUCGUUGAGAGGAGACGAGGAAGGUUGCUUGAUAAGCUGGGUUGAUUGUUCAUACAACUCUCAAUACGAAUAACUAUCUGCCUCAAUACUCUCGUCUUAAAGACUCCACGCGCACAUGAGUUACCAAUAAGUUUUCCUCCCCACUUGAUCGAGUCCGUCUCACAGUCCAUCU